AUGGAUCCGAGACAGAACAGGAUGGAACCAAGACCAGGAGGCAGUAUGGACCCGCGGCGUGGAGGUCCCCUAGCUAACCCUCACCAGCCAGGGAUGGGUGACCCUAGACACCACAUUAGCAUUGGUGCUCCGGGCAGCUCCACCAUGCUGCCUACUGUACCUCCCUACCAGCCACCACACCCAGGGACCACACCCGCACAGUCAGCACCACACCCUGCUGGCUACCAAGGACCACACCCACCAAGUCAGGGAUGGGCCCAUCCACCCCCUCCUCAACCCAAUCUCCGCCCACAGUUCCCUUCCCCCAUCCCACCCGUAUCAAUCAACCCCGCCCAGCUGCCGCCCCACGGAGGACAACCAGGUGGACCCGGGACCUUCGGAAGCCCCACCCCCUACCAGCAACCACACCCCUCCUCAUCUUCAGGCAUUGCCCCUCUGACAAACUGGGGCUCUGCAAGUCCUGAAUCCAGCACUGUUCCGUCCCCCUCGGCCGGCAGAGAAGGGGAGCAAUCACGACCCCACAGAGUAGACCCACGGACAAAGUACUCUCAUCUCAAGAUCAAGUCUAAGAGCUCGGCGUCCCCAGCCAGUGGUGGUGGUGUACUGAAGGGAAGGGAAGGCGAGGAGGGAGCGGCCAUCGACAGGACACACAUGCCAAAACUCCUGCAAGAACCCCCAGCUCUCCAACGGCCAUACGACCCCCACGAACUCUUUGACAGCGCAGCAAGUAAGGACGUUGAGUCGGACUUCGCGGUUUCCGGUCCGUUUGGGAGCACUUUUGGGUCGUUUUUCACGCGGUCUUCGCCACCGCAGGCCACCGGUAAGAGCAGUGGUCUUCCAUACGGCGAAAUCACAAUGCAAGGUAUCACUGAAAAAGAACCGGCUUACUACCGUACAGGGGAAACAAGACGAGAACACCGUCGAAGCAGCAUCAUCGCAAACCCAUGA